UUUAUGUAACACAUCGUGAAGUAGUGUUUAGAUAAAACAACAAAUUGUUAUUUUGACAAGAUUGGAUUACGUUUAUUCGAUUCAAUUUGUUUAACAUUUGCCAUAAGGGAACCGGCGGAUACAAAACAGAACAGAACAGAUCUAUGCAGACGUUUUUUGGAUGCAAGAUUUCGUAUUCACCAGCAUAAUGAUAAUGUAGGGAAGAGCGAAGUAUCACGUGCUGGUAUGCAGAACAAGUAGAGUGAAGUAUCACGUGCUGGUAUGCAGAACAAGUAGAGUGAAGUAUCACGUGCUGGUAUUCAGAACAAGUAGAGUGAAGUAUCACGUGCUGGUAUUCAGAACAAGUAGAGCGAAGUAUCACGUGCUGGUAUGCAGAACAAGUAGAGCGAAGUAUCACGUGCUGGUAUUCAGAACAAGUAGAGUGAAGUGCUGGUAUUCAGAACAAGUAGAGUGAAGUAUCACGUGCUGGUAUUCAGAACAAGUAGAGUGAAGUAUCACGUACUGGUAUUCAGAACAAGUAGAGUGAAAUAUCACGUGCAGGUAUUCCGAACAAGUAAAGUGAAAUAUGACGUGCUGGUAUUAAUGUUCAGAGCAAUACUGUACUAAAGAAAUUUGUUUUUACAGGAGUGAAAUAUCUCAAAAAAGAUAUUGAUAUUACUUACAGUUAUUUCAUUGAACACAUAACAAAGGGGGUGAACUACUCUAAAACAUGAGUAAUAUGCGCCUUAAUCUAAAGAGAAACCUGUCAAUACAUACAGGAAAGAAGUGUAUCAAAAGUGUUGUAGAUGAUUAUACAUAGUAUUCCAGCAGAAACCAAUGACAAUAUGACAACACAUAACGUGGAGCAAAACUUUAAAUGUCCUGCUUGUGAUUUUGCUUCUUAUACAAGCAGUAGUCUGAGGAGUCAUAUGAAAAAACAUAAUGGAGAAAACUAUUUAAAAUGUAAUGUUUGUGAUUAUGCUAGCCACUAUAGCAGUAAUCUGAAGAGGCAUAUGGCAAAACAUUCUGGAGAGAAAUGCUUUAAGUGCAAUUUUUGUGAUUAUGCGUGUCACCAGAAUGAUAAUCUGAAAAAGCACAUGGUAACUCAUACUGGAGAGAAACGCUUCAAAUGCGAUGUUUGUGAUUAUGUAAGUUAUACUAAAUAUAGACUAAACAGACACUCGAGAAUACAUAAAAGAGAAAAUCGCUUUAAGUGCAAUAUUUGUGAUUAUGCGUGUCACCUGAACAGCAAUCUGAAGAUACACAAUGCAAUUCAUACAGGAGAGAAACGCUUCAAAUGCGAUGUUUGUGAUUAUGCAAGUUCUACUAAACAUAGACUAAACACACACUCGAGAAUACAUACAAGAGAUAAAAUCUUUAAGUGCAAUAUUUGCGUUUAUGCGUGUAACCAUAACGGCAAUCUAAAGAAGCAUAUGGCAAUUCAUACUGGAGAGAAACGCUUUAAAUGUAGUGUUUGUGAUUAUGCAUGUCAUAAUAACAGUAUACUGAAGAGGCACAUGGCAAUACAUACUGGAGAGAAACGCUUUAAAUGUAGUGUUUGUGAUUAUGCAUGUUAUAAUAACAGUAUACUGAAGAGGCACAUGGCAAUACAUACUGGAGAGAAACGCUUCAAAUGCGAUGUUUGUGAUUAUGCAAGUUAUAUUAAACAUAGCCUAAACAGACACUCGAGAAUACAUACAAGAGAAAAAUGCUUUAAGUGCAAUAUUUGCGUUUAUGCGUGUAACCAUAACGACAAUCUGAAGAAGCAUAUAGCAAUUCAUACUGGAGAGAAACGCUUUAAAUGUAGUGUUUGUGAUUAUGCAUGUCAUAAUAACAGUAUACUGAAGAAGCACAUGGCAAUACAUACUGGAGAGAAACGCUUCAAAUGCGAUGUUUGUGAUUAUGCAAGUAUUCAUAAAAAUAAUAUGAAGAUACAUAUGAGAAAACAUACAGGAGAGAAAUGCUUUAAAUGUGGGAUGUGUAAUUAUGCAUGUAACCAAAGGGCUAAUUUGCAAAUACAUAUACUGAAACACACUGGAAAUAGAAAUUUCAGAUGUGAUUUUUGUGAUAAUGCAUUUUAUACAAUGAAUAUGCUCAAAGUGCAUAUAAGAACACAUACAGAAGACAAAUUGUAUAACUGUGAUAUUUGCGGUUCUGCCUUUAAAUCGAAAGGUAGUCUGAAGACACACAUUGGAAAGCAUGUAGGAUGAAAACACUUCAGGUACGAUUUCCACACCGUUCAUCAGAAAUCACUAGUGGCAACACAAACUGAAAAUAAAUAUUAUGAAUGUAUUAUUUGUAAUUGUUCGUGUAAUGCAAGAAGCUAUCUGUAGAAAUAUGUAGUAAUACAUACAGGAGAGAAACGCUUUAAAUGUAACUAUUGUGAUUAUGCAUGUAACGGUGACAGUUAUCUGAAGAGACAUAUGAAAAUACAUACAGGAGAGAAACACUUUAACGAAUUUCUAAACGUGACGACUUACAUGCAUCUGACGUGACAAAUGACGUCACACACCCGAUAUGAAUUUUGAACGUCGUCAGUAUGAAAAAGUUCUGCCGUUUCAGAUUCCAAUGAAACUUAACAGAGUUUAUAAUAAGUAUGUCAUAAUUUUGAUUAUGCAUGUACUAAUCAAAAGUUUGCUCUGAAAAAAAAAAAUGAAACCACCUACAUGGGAAGAACGCAAAUGUUUACAAGUGAUUUUGCAUGUAAUAUAUGCAUUUAGGCCUACCUAAAAAAGCAUUAUGAGGAAACAUCAAUGGUAGAAAAUUUAUAAGUAUGAUUGGUGUGAGUAUGCAUGCAUACAAGAGGAUAUCUAAAAACAUGUGAGAAUAAAUACAGAAUAGAAAUGC